GCACUGUCAGAAGAAAGUCAUGAUUGACUUGUCAUUCACUUCAAAGAAUCUUUCAGUAGCCCGUAUAGUCAGCAGUGUAAUUUGUAGUAGAUUUAAGAUAUUAAAAUAGUUUCUGAAUUCGACUUGUUCAUCAUAAAUAGCUUAGAAUGUCGGAAACAGUUGAAACUGUUACUUUUGGACAACCACAACGACUAUCCGAAGACAGCGAAACCGGCGAUGAACAUGAAGUCCCGGAUAGUGGACCAGUAGCGCCAGUUGCUGAGUUCACUGAACCAGGUCAGUCGAAGUUGGGCAAGCGAUCGCUUAGUGCCGACAGUGAUGAUGACGAGCCGGAGGCGAAAAGAGCGGCGGGCGAACACACCACGGUGGUCGCAACUCACUACAACCAAAUCGAAGAACGGGGACUGGCCGAGCGAAACCGUUCGAGAAUUUUUUAUAUGCGAAAUUUCAACAAUUGGGUAAAAAGUAUUUUAAUCAACAAAUACCUGGCUAUGGUAAAGGGAAAAGCCUCGCUGGGAACCCCACUUCGGGUAAUGGAUAUGUGCUGUGGAAAAGGAGGAGACCUGCUGAAAUGGCUUAAAGGUAACAUUACCCAUUUAAUCUGCACCGAUAUAGCCGAAAUUAGCGUAAAGCAGUGCGAAGAGCGAUACAAGAAGAUGACACCGAUGAAUGAUGGUAAGCUUUUCACGGCGGAGUUUAUUACUGCCGAUGCUACAUUGCAGCAGCUAAGAACGAAGUUCAAAGACCCUUCACUGAAAUUGCAUCUGGUCAGCUGCCAGUUCGCGUUUCACUACAGCUUCGAAUCGCUCAAGCAAGCGGAACGGAUGAUGAAAAAUGCGGCCGAGUGUUUACAGGAAGGAGGCUAUUUCAUCGGUACUAUUCCGGAUGCGAACGAAAUUAUGAAGCGGCAGCGGGCGGCUGGAAGCGAUUGCUUCGGCAAUGAUGUCUACAAGAUUACACUUUUAUGCGAUACUGAAACACCGCCACUUUUUGGUGCCAAGUACAACUUCCAGCUGGAUGGUGUCGUGGAUUGUCCGGAGUUUUUGGUUCACUUUCCGACGCUGGAGAAACUGGCCCGCAAGCUGGGCCUUCGACUAGUGGAGAAAAAGCGGUUUGACGAGUGCUACGAGGAAUCCAUCGGAUCUUGGCAACCGCUUAUCGAAAAAAUGCAGGCGCUGGAAACAUUUCCCAGCCACUCGCACUAUGAUCGCGAGCGGCAGCAGAACCAGCCGGAACAGUAUGCUCAUGUUCAGCAGUUUUACGAUCGGAAUGGUCGCUGCAAGCUGGGAACGCUGUCCCUGCAAGAGUGGGAGGCUAGCACGUUGUAUUUGUUUUUCGCUUUUCAAAAAAUGAAAACUCAAUGGGACGCCAAAGGAAAUGCAGUGUAUUCCUAAAGAACUGAUGUAAGGUAUUUAAGCUUCAGGCAGCGUUUGUAUAUCGUAAGUUGUUCCUGAUCGUGGAAACCAUUUUUUAAAAUUGCUUCUUUGUGACAAUUUCGAACUUUAUCUUUUAUUGCUUGAGUUUUGUUGUCGCUUUUCCGAGAGCAGUACGAAAUAAUUGAUCAAUAUUUAUGACGCCCUAGAGAAUAUAAUCGCUAAGGUAGGCAAAGGA